ACUUGACCAUGCUAUCUGCCGUUUGGAGACGCUAAGCUUUUUAUUUUCUUUUGUUGUGACAUUGGGAUCCAUUAUUUUGAGGAAAGAAUCGAAACCAUGUCUUGACGUUGCGUGUACCCGUGUCGGACUUGUCUUCUUCCUCUCCUUCCCCCGCCAAGUUAGUUAUCUGUACCCCUCUCGAUAUCGAUGGCCAGCGCAAUGGAUACGGACGUCUUGAAAGUGCUGGAGGGUAUCCAACCUCUGAAGGGCCAGGUGGUACAUAUCAAGACUGUUCAGGAAACACGGCCCAACGAGGAAUAUGGAGACGCGUAUGUCGCAGAAGUCAACGUGAAGAGUGCUUCUGCUGUUACCAAAGUCCUUGACGCUGCUUUCCCUAAAGAUCCUUCGCUGCCACUGCAACAUCUGCGUCGAUUCGUAAAGCGGGCUAAUCUGCCUGAGCAUCUCAAAGCGUCUGUUAUUGCCAGCGAAGGGGAUGCUGUGCAGCAAACUCCGCCGCAGACGAUCUAUGUGAUCAUCCCAGGCCCAUUGCCUGAGAUUGAAACCGUCCAAGCUUUACUAGCGCCUUAUGCACCUUUGUCUCUUUCGUCUGAUGUUAAAUCUACUCCUCCUACAGUUCCGAUCAGAUCAACAUGCAUCCCACUUCAGCCGCCUCUCAAUCAGCGCCAGGCAGAACAAUGGUCGCGAACCCUUUGGCCAGUGACAUUCAACCCUGCGGCACAAAGAGCGUUGGUCGCGCCGCCACCACCGAUACUUAACAAGACGCGUGCAUCUAUACAAUCUAAAACAGGCCACUACCUUGCGCUGGCGAGAAUGGUAGCUGCUGAGGCAGAAAAGUCUGGACGAGGUCGUGGAGUGGGAGCUGUCGUGGUCGACCCGGAGAUUGAAAUUGAUGAGAAUGAUGAACUUGGGUGGACAAAGGCCAUUGUUGCCGUCGCUGGAGAUGCACGAUAUUCAAGGCCAGAAGGAGGACAACCAUCUCUCCAGGAGUCCCAAUGCAGUCAAGGUGGGCCGAAUCCAGCCAGCAAGACUUACAAUCCUGAUCUUGAGGGCGGACCUGAACUUCACGCUCUGAUGCGUGUCGCAGAGAUGAUUGCGAAGAGACGACGCGAGGAACAAGAGUCUCCUAGGGACUCAUCAGCUAUUCCGGCGUCAGGGAAGGCCGGGAAGAGACCACGCGAGGAGGACGAGCCUCCAUCUAAAAACGCAGCAGCUACACCAGCGUCGGACAAAGUCGCGUUGACGCCGCUCGAGAAAGCUAUCCUGUACUCUCCGUCGCCAUUCUCAGCAGACCCCACCACGGGCGAACCAGCCAAAUCCCGCAUUCGCCCUCGUUCUCUUGGAGGCUACCUUUGCACGGGACUUGAUCUCUACAUUACACAUGAACCAUGUCUUUCUUGCUGCAUGGGAAUGCUCCUUUCACGAUUCAGACUUACUGUCUUUCCCCGGAGUGGAAGAAUGGCAGUCGGCGGUUUAGCAUCCGAACCUGUUGUCAGUCCAGUCUUGGACAGCCCUGGCGCCGAGCAAUCACCAGGUCACGGAGAAAAUAAGAAUAAAGAAGCCAAACAAGAGAGGAAUUACUAUGGGCUUCACUGGCGCAAAGAACUAAACUGGCGCGCGUUGGGCUUUGAGUUCAUAGAAAAUGAUACCCACGAGGACUCCGAAGAAACUGUUAGCCCGGAGAAGCAGGUUGACUUUCAUGCUUGAUUAGAUACCACUGGCAUAAAUCGGCGUUGGUGAAAGUGAUUGUUCGAUAUGGGAAAAAGUAUUGAUGUACUGUACAUUAAUCAUUCAUCUGUUAGAGUGUUUGGCCGCCAGAUAGCGGCGCAUAAGGAAUCUACAUCGAG